AUGCUUGCCUCGAUCAUCAUCACCGCCCUCAUCGGCAGCUCCCUCGUCGCUGCUGCCCCUGCCCCUGCUGAUGUAUCAGCCCGUCAAGUCACUAUCUGCUCUGGCACAUACAACAAUGCCCAAUGCUGCGCUACCGAUGUCCUCGGUCUUGCCGACUUGAACUGCGCAAACCCCCCAACCGUCCCUGUCAACCAAACCGACUUCAUCAACAUCUGCUCUGCUGAGGGCCAGCAGGCUCGUUGCUGCGCAUUGCCUGUCCUUGGCCAAGCUCUUCUUUGCGGCUCGCCUCUGUAA